AUGUCUGGCUCUGCAAAAACUCUUGAACCUGCAUUCCAAGGAGUUGGUCAAAGAGUAGGGACUGAAAUAUGGAGAAUCGAAAACUUUCAGCCAGUACCUUUACCAAAGUCCAAUUAUGGAAAAUUCUACUCUGGCGAUUCAUACAUUGUAUUGCAGACUACUUCUGGGAAGGGAGGUGCUUACAAUUAUGACAUACAUUUCUGGUUGGGAAAAGAUACUAGCCAGGAUGAAGCUGGAACUGCAGCAAUAAAAACGGUUGAACUUGAUGCAUGUCUAGGUGGUCGUGCAGUUCAAUAUAGGGAACUUCAAGGUCAUGAAUCUGAUAAAUUUUUAUCAUAUUUUAAACCAUGUAUUAUACCACUUGAGGGAGGUGUUGCAUCUGGUUUUAAAGAAGUUGAAGAAGAAGAGUUUCAGACACGAUUGUACACUUGUAAAGGAAAACGUGUUGUCAGAUUGAAACAGGUUCCUUUCUCUCGAUCCACAUUGAACCAUGAUGAUGUGUUUAUCUUGGACACUAAAGAUAAAAUUUUUCAAUUCAAUGGGGCGAAUUCAAAUAUACAAGAAAGGGCAAAAGCAUUGGAAGUUAUUCAGUUUUUGAAAGAUAAAUAUCAUGAAGGGACAUGUGAUGUUGCAAUUGUUGAUGAUGGAAAGCUACAAGCGGAAGGGGACUCUGGUGAAUUUUGGGUUAUUUUUGGUGGGUUUGCUCCAAUUGGCAAAAAGGUUGCAAGUGAAGAUGAUAUAAUUCCAGAAAAGACUUCUCCAAAACUUUAUUGCAUAAGUGAAGGUCAAAUUAAGGAUGUAGAUGGUGAACUUUCCAAAUCUUUAUUGGAAAACAACAAAUGUUAUCUGCUGGAUUGUGGUGCAGAGGUGUUUGUGUGGGUUGGAAGAGUAACACAAGUGGAGGAAAGAAAAACUGCCAUGCAAGCUGCUGAGGAGUUUAUUGUGAGCCAAAAUCGGCCCAAAGCAACCCGUGUAACUCGACUUAUUCAAGGGUACGAGACACAUUCGUUCAAGUCAAACUUUGACUCAUGGCCAUCUGGUUCAGCACCUUCCGCCCCUGAAGAAAGUAGAGGAAAAGUAGCAGCUUUGUUAAAGCAACAAGGAGUUGGGCUGAAAGGGUUGGCUAAAACUUCUACUGCAACCGAAGAAGUCCCACCUUUGCUUGAAGAAAAUGGGAAAAUUGAGGUGUGGAGGAUUAAUGGCAAUGCAAAAACCACAGUACCCAAAGAAGACAUUGGUAAAUUCUACAGUGGAGAUUGCUACAUUGUUCUUUACACUUACCAUUCUAAUGAAAAGAAAGAAGAUUACUAUUUGUGCUGUUGGAUUGGCAAAGAUAGCAUCGAGGAGGACCAAAACAUUGCUGCUCGAUUGGCUACUACAAUGUUCAAUUCACUCAAGGGAAGACCAGUUCAGGGUCGUGUAUUUCAAGGGAAAGAGCCUCCACAGUUUGUCGCCAUCUUUCAGCCUAUGGUUGUGUUAAAGGGUGGAUUGAGCUCUGGAUACAAGAACUCCAUUGCAGACAAAGGAUUGAAUGAUGAAACCUACACUUCAGAUGGUGUAGCCCUAAUUCAGAUAUCUGGAACUUCACCCCAUAAUAAUAAAGCCGUUCAAGUAGAUGCGGUGGCGACCUCAUUGAAUACUUAUGAAUGCUUUCUUCUUCAAUCUGGUUCUUCAUUGUUCACUUGGCAUGGAAACCAGAGUAGUGUUGAACAGCACAGCAUAGCUGCAAAAAUCGCUGAAUUUUUGAAGCCUGGCGCCACUGUGAAAUUUGCUAAAGAAGGAACUGAAAACUCAACUUUCUGGUUUGCCCUUGGAGGGAAACAAGGCUACACCAGUAAAAAAGCAGCACAGGAAUCCGUCAGAGAUCCCCAUUUGUUUUCAUUCUCUUUCCAUAAAGGAAAGUUUGAGAUUGAGGAGAUCUACAAUUUUUCACAAGACGAUCUGUUGACAGAAGAUGUGCUGAUCUUAGACACACACGCGGAGGUGUUCAUAUGGGUUGGUCAAUCCGUUGACUCCAAAGAAAAGCAAAAUGCGUUUGAAAUUGGCCAGAAAUACAUCGACUUGGCUGCAUCUCUUGAUGGAUUAUCUCCAUGUGUACCCUUAUACAGAGUUACAGAAGGAAACGAACCUACCUUCUUCACAACAUUCUUCUCAUGGGACUCUGCUAAAGCUAAUGCUCAUGGGAACUCAUUCCAGAAGAAGAUUUUGCUACUGUUUGGAUUUGGGGGAGGCCAUGCUUCUGCUUCUGAGGGUCAAGAUAGGUCAAACGGGGGUCAAAGUGGGCCCACUCAAAGAGCUUCAGCAUUAGCAGCACUAAACUCUGCUUUCAAAUCAUCUCCGACAAGCGCCAAAUCAUCAUCAGCUUCACCAAAGGUACCAAGUCGGGGUUCACAGAGAGCAGCUGCUGUUGCUGCUUUAUCUUCUGUUCUUACAGCUGAAAAGAAGGGUGCAUCUGAUGGUUCACCUGUCAGGCCCACCAGAAGUCCACCAUCUGAAGGCGGCUCAGCCACCAAGGCUGAAGAAGGUUCUGAUGGUUUGGAGAGUAAUGAAGGUUCAGAAGUUACCAUGGAAACAUCUGAACCAGCAGUUCAAGUUCAAGAAACCAAUGGAAGAGGAGGAGGAGGAGGAGGAGAAGAUUCAGCACCAAAGAAUGAUGAAAACGAAUGUGAGAGUGUAGACAGUCAAAGCACUUUCAGUUAUGAACAGUUGAGGGCUAAAUCCGAGAACCCGGUAACCGGUAUCGACUUUAAGAGAAGAGAGGCUUAUCUGUCAGGUGAAGAGUUUGAGGGUGUGUUUGGAAUGGCAAAAGAGGCGUUCUACAAGAUACCAAAAUGGAAGCAGGAUAUGCUGAAGAAGAAGGUGGAUUUGUUCUAGGAAUUGAAAACAGUGGUGGGGAGAUGAUGAUAUGAUAUGAUUCUUUCAAUUCUUAGUUUUUGAUUGUGUUGGUGGUGUUACCAGUUAUGAUGCUGGUGGUUAUAGGAGGAGUUAGUGAUAUAAUGGCCUUGAGUAAAGAGUGAUUUUUUUGCCUCUCUUUUGAUGUUAUGAUAUAUGCUUUGAUUGCUGGUUGUUAGAUUUGAUUGGGUAUGUAAUCUGGGUUUGAGUUUGUUUGUGGGAUUACUUGCUAUUUAUUGUUGGAGAAAAAGUAAGACUGUAAAUGUGAUGUGAUGUGAUGUGAUGUGAUGUGAUUGUUUGUAUUUUGAAUUCAGAUAUUAAGGGUUAAAAAAGUUUGUUGUUUGAUAUUUAUCA